AUGGAAGCAGCCGAAUUGCUGGUGUCGAUGGGAACCAGCGGCCCAUCCAACCGUAUUAUCUCCCACACUCCCUGCUGCCGUGGACCAGAGCAACGAGCCCAUCUAACCCGGUAUCCCGUCUUCACGGGGCUGCUGGCAGAGGAAUGCGCCAAGCGCCCCCUGGUGGGGAUUAUGAGUUUCCCUGGCCCACUGGGCCACAUGGGUUGUGAGAACGGCAGCGAAAUCUCCGAGUUCAUCCUGCUGGGCCUGUCGUCCCGCCCGGGGCCUCAGCCCUUCCUCACCCUCCUCUUCCUCCUGCUCUACGUGGCCGGCGUUCUGGGCAACUCCCUGAUGGUGGCUCUCACCACGGUGGACCCCCGGUUCCACAGCCCCAUGUACUCCCUCCUCCGCCUGGCCCAGUUCUUCUUCUUCUACCUCUUCGGCGUCUCCAACGCAUUGCUCUUGGUGGCCACGGCCCUGGACCACUACGUGGCCAUCGGCGACCCGCUGCGCUACCCGGCCGUGAUGAGCCCCCCGGUCUGCCGGCGCCUGGUGGCCUCCUGGCUCGGCCUGGCCGCCCUCCACGCCGGGCUGCUGCUGAGACUCAGCCACCGCGGCGGGAACCGGCUGCCCCACGUCUUCUGCGACCACCAGCCCCUGCUGCGCCUCUCCUGCUCCCCGACACGGGUCAACGAGGCGGCCAUCUUCUUCGACUGCGGCCUGGUCAUCCUGGGACCCUUCCUCUUCAACGGCUCCCACCUCACCACGGUGGCUUUGUUCUAUGGGGCGAUCGUCGGGGUCUACUUCCAGCCCAGGGCCAGCUACUCGGCCCCCCGGGGGGCUGUCUUCUCCGUCACGUACACCGUCAUCACCCCGGCCGCCAAGCUCUUCGUCUACAGCCUGCACAACAAGGACGUCCGGGGGCUCUGA